AUGUUUUAUAUCUACGAUUUGAUCAUUAUCCGACAAGCUACCUUCGGUAAUUACCUCCAAGCUAAGAACGGUUAUUGGGCCAGAGCCACUACAGAUAUUGCCAGAUUGUCAGGUGACGAUCUCCACCGCGCUGCUGAUGAAUUUAUGAACGGGGAGAAGAUCUCCAACCCUCCUAUCUACAGUCUUAUCACCAAUAUGAGAAUCAUAUCAUCAUUUAACCCAGAAUUCUUUGGGGAGAAGAUGAGGUUCCGGAACCUCAUAUUCGGGAAGAUCGGAAUUCCUCUCGUAUGGUUUACACUCAAUCCCAAAGAUAUAGGGAAUAUCCUUGUAGUCAAGCUUGCUGAUGAGGAGGUAUUACUAGAUGACACGGGGGUGAAAUCGGUACUACUUAGAGUCUACAACACGGAUGAUGUUACACCUACACGGUUUUGCCUAGCUUGCGGGGAACUUUGGCGCUACCAACUUGACUCAGAGGCUAACGUCCGACUCUGCCUUCAAGCACCGAGUACUGACCUACAUUCGCUCCAUAGUCAAGGAAACGGUUAUGUUAGUCUCGGUCAGCAGUUCGCAUCAGAGACUCCUGGGACCGCCAUCUUUACGAUGCCAGAUGAUAUGUCCCUCGCUCAAUUCCAGGAGGCUCUUAAUACCGACUCGAUAAAGUGGCCGCCCGAGCCCAGAUGCAUACCCACACCAAUACCUGUCCCAAAUACCAAAGAAAAGGUAUGA